AUGGCGCGGUGGGGCCGCUUCCCCGGGCGGCUGCGGGGCUGGCGGCGGGCGGGCGUCCCCUGGCCCGGCGCGGCCCGGAGGGGCUGGGCCGGCGCGGCGCGGGGGUCGUCGGCCCCGCGGCGGCCGGAGGAGCUGCCGGGCCCGGGGCUGCUGGGCUCGCUCUACUGGCUCCUGGCCAGGGGCUACCUGCUGCACACCCACCGCCUGCAGAUCAUUUUCAAGAAACUGUAUGGUCCCAUAUGGAAAUCCACGUUUGGCCCUUACAAUAAUGUUAAUAUUGGCAGUCCUGAAGUCCUAGAGCAGCUGUUGCGUCAAGAAGGGAAGUACCCCAUCCGGAGUGACAUGGCCCUCUGGAAGGAGCACCGGGACUUGCGAGACCUGCCCUACGGCCCCUUCACUGAGGAUGGGGAGCGAUGGCAUCGCCUGCGACAGGUACUGAACAAGCGGAUGCUGAAACCUUCAGAAGCUGUGCUGUAUGUCGACGUCAUCAAUGAGGUGGUGUCUGACCUGAUGGUGCAUCUGGAGGAUGAGAGGAAACAAAGUCCCUCUGGGGUGAUGAUCCAAGAUGUGGCCCAAAUACUUUACCGAUUCGCCUUAGAAGGCAUCUCAUACAUCCUGUUUGAGACCCGCAUUGGCUGCCUACAGAAGCAGAUCCCUGCUGAGACGCAGCAUUUUAUCGAUGCUAUCGGAGACACUCUGAAGAACUCGGUCUUUGCCACCGUCCUGCCCAGGUGCACCCGGGGACUGCUGCCUUAUUGGAACCGUUACCUGCAGGGCUGGGACACCAUCUUUGCCUUUGGAAAGAAACUGAUUGAUCAGAAGAUGAUGAUGUUAGAAAAGUGUCUGAACCAGGGUGAGGAGGUCUCGGGAUACCUAACCUACCUACUGUCCACUGGGAAACUCAGCCAUAAAGAGGUUUAUGGCAGCAUAGCUGAGCUGCUGCUGGCUGGCAUAGAUACGACAUCCAAUACCCUCUCAUGGGCCAUGUACCACCUAGCCCAGGACCUAAAGAUCCAGGAAGCUUUGUACCAGGAGAUUACCAAUGUGGUGCCCAAAGACCAGAUCCCUAAUGCCAAAGAUAUCACCAAGAUGCCACUGCUAAAGGCCGUAAUCAAGGAGACUCUCCGGCUGUAUCCUGUGGUCCCCACCAAUGCCCGAAUGACUACGGAGAAGGAUGUGGUUGUCGGAGGGUACAAGUUUCCAAAAGAUACCCUGUUUGUGCUUGCUCACUAUGCUCUCUCACAUGAUGAGACCUACUUCCCCGAGCCAGAACGUUUUCUACCACUCCGCUGGCUGCGAGAGCAGAAAGAAUCAGCUCCCCACCCCUUCAGCUCCAUUCCCUUUGGCUACGGGGUGCGUGCCUGUGUGGGGCGUCGCAUUGCUGAGCUUGAGAUGCAUCUAGCUCUUGCCAGGAUCAUCCAGACGUUCUCAGUCAGGCCAGAUCCAAAUUGUGAAGUGGUGAAGCCCCUUGCCCGCAUUGUGCUUGUGCCGGGCAAGCCCAUUAACUUGAAUGUCAUUGACAGAUAG